AUGGCUAAGGAUGACGAAACACCAAAAUCCUCUCCCGUUUUUCACCCUGCUCUCGGCGUCACCAACAUCACGAACCUUGUUAAACUGACGCUCGACGUCAAUCAGGUUCAGUAUACUCCCUGGGUUACUCUCUUCCGCAACACCGCAAAGGCAUAUCACGUGUUUGACCAUAUUGAUCCUACGGUCCCUCGACCAAUGGACAUCGAUGACAGCUUGUGGGAACGCCUUGAUGCAAUUGCACUUCAAUGGAUAUACGGUACAAUUACUACUGACCUUCUCUUCAAAGUUCUGGAUGACAACGCAACGGCUAUGGUGGUUUGGGAUCGCUUGCGUAAACUUUUUCAGAACAACAAGGGCACCCGCGUCGUGCACCUGGAAAACCAAUUUGGUAACACUCGUUUACAGGAUUUCUCGACCCUCGACGAGUAUUGUCAGGCCUUGAGGACCAUUUCGGUCCAACUUGCUUCCCUAGGCCAUCCUGUAUCAGAAGAACGUCUAGUCCUUCAACUCGUUGCCCGCCUCACUGAUGAAUAUAAGACCAUUGCCACCAUUAUUCAACAAUCUGUUCCUCUCCCGUCGUUUGAAGAAGCCUGCGACAGUCUAGACUUGGAUCGCCGGAGUCGCGACUAG